AUGUUCAAAUCGUCCAAGAAAGAAGAUGAUAAAUAUACCAGCACUCUGAGCCCUGAGGUACAAGAGAAGGCGACCAAGGAAUUGAAUGAGAAUCCAAAGACUCGUCUGUUGGAAGUCAAAAAUUUGAGGUCUCGACUGGAGAAAGUUCCAGGUCUGCAGCCACAAACCGAUGUCCAGUUUCUCCUACGUUUCUUACGGGCUCGCAAGUUUGACCAGGAAAGGACUUUCCAACUGGUGAAGAACUAUUACGACAUUCGUCUCCAGUUUCCGGACAUUUUCAGUGAUCUGAAGCCAACUCGGGUCCGCCAUAUAUUUGAUGAUGACAUCAUUGAGGUUCUAAAGCAUCGGGACAGUGAAGGAUGUAGGGUCAUCAUUAUAAGACCAGCCAACUGGGAUGUGGAACGUUACCCGCUGGCAGACAUGAUCAAAGCAAUAUAUUUGCUAUUGACAAAUAUUUCUGAAGUAAGUAGAGAUAUAUUGUAUUUUAGAAGAA